AUGGCGUUUGAUCGAGCCGCGGUGCAGAUUCGAGGGAAGAAGACAAAGCUUAACUUUCCAGAGCUGAUUCUGGGGGGCGAAGGAACCGCAGGGCAGGAACCUGCAGCACGAGCGAUAAUGAAGAAUGAGGAAGCAUCUGCAGAGAAAAUUAUGGAACCGACUUGUAACCUGGAGGGGAGGAUAUCUGCCGAGCAGGUCAUGCAAGGAAAGCCGGUGGCAGAGGGGGCAGCUGGGCGAUUGGGUGAAAACAGAGUUUGGCAAAGUGCGUAUGGAGAGGCAAUUGCUAUGGUUGCACAGACAGCAGGUUGCAAAGCUGAAGCUACAGCACAAGCGAUAUCGGACACGGACGUGGUUGGGCUCACGACAUGCGCAGACAGCAGCACAGUCAGUGGAAGCAGCUCGAGCAGAGCUGGCCCUUCCACCUCGUCUGCCUCCGCGCCUGCAUCCAUUCUCUCCAUCCCUCCGGCCAUGUUUCUAUCCAGAGAGCCGUGUUCUGCAGGCUUGGAGCACGAUGGGCGUUUCACAAAGGGCAUAGACAGCAUGCUGGUUGCUGUUGCUGGUGCUGGUGCUGGUGCUGGUGUGAAGGAGGAAUGCAGGCAGGAGGACGUUUUUCUGGAAGAGGUGAACAGUGGAGGUUUAGAGGCCGUGACUGGAAAGGGAAUAGCGCAGGAGGAAAUGGAUUUUGGAACUGAAAUCAAAUCUGACGGGGAAUUUCGCAUAGAAGAUUUGGAUUUUUUUUUUCCAGUCGCCUCACCCACUUCAUUCACAGCUCCAGUUUCCAAUUGCGUCAAUGCAGUCACCACAGACGCAGGGGGAAUGGCGGUGGCGGGGGCAGCAGCAGCAGCAGCAGCAGCAGCAGCAGCAGCAGCAGCAGCAGCAGCAGCAGCAGCAGCAGCAGCAGCAGCAGCAGCAGCAGCAGCAGCAGCAGCAGCAGCAGCAGCAGCAGCAGCAGCAGCAGCAGCAGCAGCAGCAGCAGCAGCAGCAGCAGCAGCAGCAGCAGCAGCAGCAGCAGCAGCAGCAGCAGCAGCAGCAGCAGCAGCAGCAGCAGCAGCAGCAGCAGCAGCAGCAGCAGCAGAAGGAGCAGGAGCAGCAGCAGGUGGAGCAGCAGGUGCAUCAGGAGCAACAACGCCAACAGUUGACCAUGCAGACAAGCAACGGCCACCACGAGAGCAUGGGACAUCUCCAUAUGAUGCACUGGAGAAUGAGGUGCUCGAUGGUUUGAUGCACACUGGAGGGCUGCUGCGUGGGAUGAAUCAGCAACAGGUGCAUGAAGCGGUGUUGGGUCCGCCACGGGAUGAGCCGCAUGGUAGCACAGCAGUGCAGGCGGCAUGGGACCAGUCUGCGAGUGCAUGGAGCACAGAGGCAGUGGGGAGUUUGGUGUUGAGCGAUGCAGACCCGUUUGAAGACCCGUUUCAAGCCAUGGACGAGCAGUGGCACAGUGACGUGCAGUUCACUGCUGUUGGCAUGUGUGGUCCCUCUGCCCCUGUUGGACAACGCCUACAGCAGCGAUUCCAGCAGCAACAGCCGAACGGUCAGCAGCACGAUCACCAGUAG